AUGAGUGAAAUAGAUCUAACAUCUCUGCUAAAUGCAUUACCAGGUUUAAAGAAUGCCGCAUUUACAAUAACUCAAAAAGAUGCAAUUGCCCAUUGGGUCCGUAAAGAGGUAUACCGAGUCUCCAAAGAAACGCGACCAUAUCUUGAAAUGGAAUUCAAAUAUGGUUCGGUGGACUGGAAAGGUAGAAUUUUCCCUGGAAUAAGAAAGGAAUCAUUUCAAAACAUUAAGGAUGAAUUAAGUAAGAAGUCAAAGGUCAUUGAUUUGAGACCAGUAGAAACCAAAGACAUCUUCACCAAGAAAGGCAGAUUGACUAUUUCUCCCGAAAAAAAGCUCUUGCAUUCCUUAAAGAAGAAGAAAAUAGCACAAGCUGUCUUGAAAUGUCCUGGUAAGAAGUAUAGUAUAAAAAUAACUAUUGCUGCAGAAUUACCAAAUAAUUUACCCAAAGAUUUUAAAUGGGAAAAUGAACCCACAAUUGAUCCUGCUCGUCAUAAAAAACGUUUUGCCUUUGCUGUUUCAGAUCUCAAAGAAAACUCUUUUAAAUUGGAAAAUAUCUCAAUUGAUCUUUCUGAAAUAGAAUGUAGGAAGAAGGAAACCUAUGAAGUUGAAUUAGAAUUAGGAAGGACAUUACUGGACGAAAUUUUUAACGAGGAAAACUCAGAAGCUUCACAGUGUGAAAUAAUAACUAAAUUUAUUGAAGAUGGCGAAACAUUAUUAGCAAUGCUUUAA